UUUAUUAUAAGUAGCUCUUCAUCAGUUCAUUCUAAUCAGUAUUUCGAUUUAAUUAGAAAUUUUUUUUGAUUUAUUAAAAAAAUGAGACAAUUUCUUUUAAUUUUUGGAUUAAUGGGCAUUGCCCUUUCAUCAACAUUCGCACAAUUUAAUCCAAAUCAAAAUAAUAAUUUUGAUCCAAAUGUGGCUUACACUCAAGGACUUCCAAAUUUAAAUAAUCAAAAUCAAAAUUCUGGUUUGAAUCAAGGACCACCUUUAAAUUAUCAAUAUCAAGGUCCAAAUCCAGGUCAGAAUCAAGGACCACCUUUAAAUUAUCAAUUUCAAGGUCCAAAUCCAGGUUAUGGAUAUCCAGUUCCAAAUGCGGCUAAUGUAAAUUAUCCAGGUCCAUUUGCACCUGGUUUUAAUUAUGGAAAUCCAAAUUAUCCAGCUUUUGCACAACCACAACAAAAAUUAAAUGUCGAUGAUUCUCUUCAGAAGAUGUUUGGCAAUAUGACACCAGAGGAAAAUGAUGGUGUACAAGAGAUAUUUAAAUUUAUGAAAAGUUUAAAUGUAGGAGAAAAUUUUGAAGGAUUAAAAGUAACAGCUGUGACAAAAAAUAAUAGUUUUUUACAAACAAUGAUUAGUUAUGUAGAAGGAUUCUUUAACAUAAUUCGUCGUGUUCUUUCAAUUCUCACUCUUGGAGCGUCGGAAGGAGUCUUCAGUUUUUUGCAAAGACUCUUUUUUUCACAUUAAACUAUUUUUCAAAAAAGUUUGAAGCAUGGACAAUGUUGCAACAAUAUGUAAAACAACAUUUUUUUAAUGUUACUUCUAUUAAUUAAAAUCAAUGCAUUUGUUUCAUUAUUUUAAUGAUAAAGUGAAAAGUAUUAUUAUUAAUCUAUUACAUAUUUUAUAUAUUACAAUUUAAAUGAAAAAUAUUAUGUAACUUAACAUUGUACAACAAUGGCUAAAUGUUUUUUAAGUUCUAUUCAAUUUUUUUUUAUAUUUUUAUGUAUGAAUUUUCAAUAUACAUUUAACCAAGAUUGAAAAAUUAUCAAAAUAUAUUAUAAAUACAGUACCUUGAAACGCAAUUUUACUUCAUUUUUGUAAAAAAAAAAAAUUAUCUGAAUAUGUUUCGAUGAUUUGUAAAUUGAGGAACGAAAAAUUGACAAUUACUUUUAUUAUAGGGUAAUUAAAAAAAACUAAAUAGCGAUAUUAAUUGAAAAACUAUUUUAUAAAUAGCAAAAAAAAAAAAAAAAAAUUUUUUUUAAAACUUCUUGACUAAAAAUUUUAAAUUUGAAAAGUAUUUCUAUCAUGGAAUAAAUUUCCUUUAUUUCAUCACCUUUUAUUAUAUAGAAGUUUUAUCAAGCACAAAUAUACAUUAAAUCGAUACAAGCCAAAAAACAAUAAAUUUCAUGAUUUUUGAUUAGUUUCCCGAACAUUGCUUCUAUUAACUAAGAUUAAAUUUACUUUUAUUAAUUUUUUUUUUUUUUGCAUAUAUAGUGCAAAUAUGUCCAAAAUUAAAAAAAAAUGCUUUAAUAGAUUAAAAAUUUAUUUAUUUCCAUAAAUUAAAUUAAAUGUUGUGCCAGUAAGUAUUGCCGUACAUUCCACAUUUUCUUCCAAGAAAUUCAAAAUGUUGUCUAAACAAUCACAAACUGUUGUCGUUUUUGAAGACACCGAUGAUGGUGCAUUAGUUCUUAAUUUUGAAAUUUCGAUUUUCGAAGUGGUAUUCUUUUCAGUUACACUUGACAAUUAACUUAAUGUUGUAAUUUCGGAAAUCAAUGAAGAAUUUAAUGUCAAGGACGAAGGUUGUACUUUCAGAAUAGUGGAUUGUACUAAAGGAAUUGGAGAUUUUUAUGUAACAUUUUGUACUGUAGAAGAAACAGGUCUUGGAAUAGAAUUAUUUGAUUUUAAAGUAGAAGUUAAUUUUAUUGUACACGGAAAGAAAUCUUGUUAGAAUAUUUAAUAAAUCUGAAUAGAAAUUUUGA